GUCACCAGCCACAACUCCUGAGAACCUGUACUGAUAACUCUUGAAGCUCCAAGAUGAAGGUGAUCGUAUGUGCUGUGUGUGUGGUGAUGGUGGCAGCCAUAGCUUCCGCCGGGACCACAGGAGCUGGCGGAACCACAGGAACUGCCGGGACCACAGGAACUGCCGGGAACACAGGAACUGCCGGGAACACAGGAACUGCCGGGAACACAGGAACUGGCGGGACCACAGGACCUGGCCACGACCACGACCAUGAAUACAACUGCACAAAGGGGGGCAUCUUCUCGGACCCUGCUGACAAGUGUGAAGGUUACCAUGUAUGUGGGUUCAACGUUUACACACAACAGAUGGAACACAUACGUUACAUCAAGUGUAAGGUCGACAUGAUCUUCAACGGUCACGCAUGUGUCUCGGUUAACGUAUAUAACUGCCCGUACUAAGAGACCAAGAUGUGAGGUAGAGGGGCAAGACCGGCCGGCAUCAUCAACAGUAACAAGAACACUGUACUAUAGGUUAAGAACACCUCGUCCAGCUUGCCCGACCUUUGCCACCAGGACUACCAACAGUAUACCUUCACCUACCACACGAGAUGGAGUGUAGCGUAGCUUAACUUACAUCAGUAGUUCAUAAUUUAUCUUUGAAAUUUAAUUAUUAUAUUAUGGUCUGUUCCGAUGUAUGGAAACAUCAAAAACUGAAUAUGUACAUCGAAAAAAUAAUGUCAUAAGAGGAUAAAGAACAGAUAACGUUAUACCAUAUACAGCUCAUACUCGUUAUCGACCAGUAAGUAUGACAAAGGUAAUGUGAGGGGUGAAGUUGAUUUUACACGAGGCAUACUACAUCACUCGGUCUGCUGAACCCGAGGUGUAUGUUGUCGUUCACCAUAUACAGCGUUAUUCUUUACUUUAUAAUCCUGGAAUAUAGUUUCUCGGUGUCUUAACAUUAAACCUUACGACAUUGUAUACAUCAGAAGCUUGCGUGAAUAUAUAGGUAUAGAAUAUACAUCUAUUUAUCGUGUAGUCAAAACUGUUAACUAUUAAGUAGGCACAUAAUUCAGUCGUAUAAUGGCGAUGUGAUUAUCCGGAAGUGAAUUAUUUAGCAACUGAUAUCGCUGAAUAAUUCUUUUGGUAUUACUGUAUAUCCAAUAAAACAUCUCAUAAGGA